AUGUCUGGCACGACGUGUCUUUCCAUGGCAAGCUUUCUAUCCGUGGGACAUGCAGUGAAAAUGCUGCUGCCUAGAAAGGCCCAGCAAGGAGGUGCGAGAAGAGCACAGCGGAAGCUCGAAGUGCAGAAUUUCGAGAACUUGCCGACACUCUCUGUCAGCCCAGACCUAUCCAAGAGAGACUUUGGCCUUUUGCCGCCCAUGCCGCCCCUUCUUCUGCGACACUCUGAAAAGAUCACCUUGGUGGACUGUGGGAGUGGCUCUACCCGGGCGCUCUUCUUCCAAGACGAUGGCAAGUCGCACGUUUCCUGGGAAAAGUCUUCUUGGAGAGGUGAGGCACUUGCAUCGGCAUUGCAGGACGAGCUUCGCCUGGAGAAUCUGCUGCGCUUGCUUGAACAGGAGCUACCAGAUGGUGCCGUUCUUCUUGGAGCAACUGCAGGUGUGCGGGAGGCUGUGCAGGAUGGCAGUCUCAACAACAGCAGCCUGCAGCAUUUCCGAGAUCGUGUACUGGAUUGCCUGGGACCCCGCGCACAGUUCAUGGUGCUGAGUGGGCAAGAAGAAGCAAGAGCCGAGUGGGAAGCUUUGCAGCAUUCCCUGGCUUUCACACCUGGCCUGCAUGCUGGGCUCUUCGCUGGAAUGAUGUCCGGAGGUGGGAUGUCGUGCCAGUUGGCUGUGCAGGGAGAUGCUGAUGUGGCCCUCUUCAGCUUCCGCAAUGGGGUGCUUGCUCCAGGAGGCAUCGCCGAAGCUGCCGGCAAGAACCUGCUCUUUGCCAGAGACCUCCCCGGCAAGCUCGAGGAGGUCAGAGCUGUGGCUAAGUGGUUGGGCUUGUAUGUGGCCGGCGAGUCCACUGAAAGAGAUUUGCUGAUGGGCCUUGGUUACAACCGCUGGCUGGCACACCAAGAGGUUCUUGAAGCCGUCAACUGCCACUUGGGCGAUUUGAAGAGUCGUUUCUUGAACGAUGAUCAUCCAAGCUCGGAGCCCAUCCCUCGGCGUGUGGCAAUCUCUUGGACCUAUGGCAUUAUCCUGCAGGAGAUUCUAAAGCACUGUUUCGAGACGAGUGCUUCCUUUUAUUGCCUUAAGGGCAUCAACUGGAGCACUGGGCACUACUUACAACAUCGUGAAGGGCUUCGGCAGAGCCUUCUGCAGAUUAGCUAG